CCCAUUUCAAAGUUUAAUUCAACUCGGGGAGUUAGAAGCCAUGGAGGGGCAGAAGAAGAAGGGAGGGCCAAAAAGAGGACUAUGGAAGCAAGAGGAAGACAUGAUUUUGAAGAACUACGUCGAGGCCUAUGGCGAAGGCAACUGGGCUAUCGUCUCUAAGAGAUCAGGGUUGAAGAGAGGAGGCAAAAGUUGCAGACUGAGAUGGAAGAAUUACCUCAGGCCGAACAUCAAACGUGGACAAAUGUCUAAGGAAGAAGAAGACCUCAUUAUCCGAAUGCACAACCUUCUCGGCAACCGUUGGUCUCUAAUUGCGGGGAGACUUCCUGGUCGGACUGACAACGAAGUGAAGAACUAUUGGAAUACCCAUUUGAACAAGAAAAGUUGCAGUGUUUUAGGCAAACGAAAAUCCAUUCAUCACAACGACAAUCCUACAAUUGAUGAGAAUCAAGACGGCGAUAAUUCUGAGCCGCCAAUCAUCUCGAGUUCAAAAACGACGACGGAUGUUGACGAAGGAUCAAUGGAUUUGGAUGAUGAGAAGAAGAAGACGAUGAUGAAGGAAGAAGAUAUCGUCCAUGGCUUUACGGAUAACACGUGGAUGGAAGGAGCAGUUGAGUGGUUCAACUAUGAUGAUUACUACCAAGUGGAAGCUCCGUUGAUGAUGAAGAUGAUGACCCUCAAUUCUUCAAACAUGGUGUUGGAUGAGGAGCCGUACACGCCUUCCCUCGAUUCUUUUCUUCUUUUCGAUGCAUUCUGAGGUCGGAAACCAAUCGUUCUUGCCUUAGACCCACCGCCACCGCCACCGGGCCGAGGCUGGGAGUUGUUUUGGAGCGCGUGAAGAAGUGA